CCAGCUGCCAUGGCCGGCCGCCCCCUUCCUGAUCUCCUUAUUAUUCCUGCCCACUGCUUUUCCUCCCGACUUUUCUUCCUCGCCUCUCCCUCCGUGAAUAGCGCCUGUUUGCCAGUUCAAUUCAACCCUUCCAGGGAUCCCUACAUUCACUUGGAGCUAAUUGCUCACUUCCACUCCUUGACAACCACUGUGACGCUCUUUAAAUCAGUUCUUCCCUUCAGGCCUUUUCUACCUCAAACCACUACUUAAUUGACUACACAAUCCACCAAAAUGCAGUUCAAGAACACCGCCCUUCUCUUGACGGCUCUCACUGCCGGCAGUGCCAUGGCUCGCUCUCACAUCCACGAGCGCCGCCACCAGCACCCUGCCCGAGCUGUUGGUGACAUCGUUACUGCUGUCAUUGAUGGCAAGGUCGAGACUUGGCGCAACACCUACGCUGGCCCAACCGCUGCCCCUGAGGCUCCCGCUGCCGGUGGUGUCCAGAACGCUGCUGUGCAAAACGAUGCUGUUGCUGCCAGCAGCAGCACUGCUGUCCCUACUACCACCACUGCUACUACUUCUCCUACCUCCACCGGCAGUGCCUUCCCCACUGGGUUCGGUGGACAGACCCAGCCAACUGGUUCUGGAGACACCUACUGCGGUAACCAAGGCAUCCCCUAUGGCUCUAACAUUAUUCGCAUUGAGGAGUCCGACCUCAGCAAAUACGACUACACCGUUUCUCUCGACGGCAGUGCCCUUACUGAGGACUACCAUGUUAUUUUCUGGAACAAGUGCGACCAAGAGGAUCAGCUUACUGGCUGGUAUGCUAAGUCGUUCCCUGUGGAUUUCACCGUUCCUGCCGGCAGCAUUCAGUAUGUCGCUAUUGACAGCGAUAGCCAGGGUGGCUUCGUCGGUCUUCCAGCCAGCGAAGACAUCCCUCGCAACAGCUACGGCAGCGUCCUCGGUUUCUGGGGCGAAUUUGACUUCGCUAACGCCGAUCACGAUGGCUGGUCCGGCUUUGACGUUUCUGCAAUCCAGGCCCAACUUGCUAGCCAAACCAACUUUCCUGGCUUGCUCAUCGAGGGCAACGGCGUUAUCUCAUCCAUCACAACCAACUUGGGCACCGUUACCAAUGCCUACACUAGUGACGAAAAGGCUGUCGGUGGGAUCGGCGGCAAUAUUCCUGCUGGCCGUCUUGCUCUCAACGCCACUCUCGGCUACAGUGGUUAAAUGCCCUUGUCCCAGAUAGUUUGGCACGUUUAGUGUGGUUUUGCUUGAGCUUUUUCUUUAACAUACCUCAUUUGGUAGCUAGUAUACAUAUGUACCUGACAUUAUGCGGUCCGCACGACUCGUCGAUCAGGACUUCAUAGGUUGUCUACUUUUCCAGUCAAAAUUUUAUGGUUUUCUUGUAUAUAUAUGAGUGGCUUUAAUUGUUCAAUCAAUGUUUGACGAUUACCUAUAAUCCAGUUGUACAAUCAAACCUAGUGUCUACGUGUCCAAUGAGGUCUAGACUUCCGAAUUGACCGGUGCUUUGAUCUAUCUGUCUAUCGUUAACAACGUAACUAGUACCUGCUCCAGUAAAGGGGCUUAGCAGCUAAUCUACACAGUGGUUCGUCAACGGCAUGUCUUACUCUAAGCCAAUGAAGAUGACUGUGGCGGCAUAGUGAAUCAGCUAAAAGUGAAACAUCAAAUUGAUUCAGACGAACUUCAGCGCAGCACGAAGACUU